GCGGCCGGACGCGGAGAAUCUGCUCGCCGCAUCUCCAAAAGUUGCCAAUCGCGCAGCAACACCGCCAACCACACCCCCAGCGCCCACACACCCACAAUGAUCUGCCGAACCUGUCUGCGGGCCUCCCGCACCCUUGCCCCGUCGUCGCGGCGCUCGCUCUCCUCCACCGCAGCCCUCGCAAACGCAACACCCAUCUCCGCCGCCGCGACACCAACACCACGCCAGGGCUCUCCCACAUCGCCCGCCCCGCCCGCCGCAACAUCAACACUCGCCGCGCAGCCCUUCAGCGCGCCGCUGACCCCCGCGCCGGGCGCCGCGAUCAAACAGCAGGCCGCCAAGGCCGCGGGCAAGAAACCCACGCCGCUUGUCAAGAGCUCUGUGCCCGCAGGCACCGCGCUCAAGGGCCUGAACUUCGAGAAGAACAAGCAGGACCCGAUUGCGCUGGCGGACGACGAGUAUCCCGCGUGGCUGUGGACGAUUCUGCAGCGCAAGGAGGACAAGAGCGACAUCAGCGCCGCAGGCGACUUGUUCUCGAAAUCUAAGAAACAGCGUCGUCUUGCUGCGAAGCGCCUCCGCAAGGAACAGGCCAUGAACCCCGAACUCCUCACGCCCAAGAUCCCGCUGUACGAGCAGACAAUCGAUCUGCCCACGGGCGACGGCAGCCUCGAGGGCGCGGUGCAGGCGGCGGGUGCGCGAGGCGAGCUGACAAAGUCGAUGAGGAACAAGAGGAGGGCGGACAUCAAGGAGACUAAUUUCCUGAAGACUAUGGGCUAGAGCGGUUAUUGAGUGCGGCGCUGGCAUGCGAGUGGGCAUGUGUAUAUCACGAAUCAAGAGAGGGUGUUGUAUUAUACACUUGUAGGAGCAGGUUGCAUAGCAUACGGGACUCCGAAAGGCAGAGCGGGGUUUGUACAAGUAGAAUGUGUGAAGUAGUCGAACAUUGGACUUUCAUCACUGUCCUACUCCCCUUUUCAAAAAAAAGCGAUCCAGAACCUCUCCCCAACGACAAUUUCCAAACUCUCCAAGGCGUCCAGGCAAGUAGCAUACCCACACAUCUUCAACCCACCACGCGCUCACAGCCAAACCCCCCUCACCCAUCCA